ACCGGCGGCGCCACCGGAGUGGCCAGGCCGGGCUGGGCUGGGCCGGGUGCAGCGUUCUCCGGGCAGCCGUGCCGGCGCGGGGGAGGCGGAGGGUCUGGUCCCACCGCCGUCCUUCGCUAUCUGGCGAGGGCCAAAUGGAUGCUCAGUGGCGUCAGGGCGGCCGGGGCCGCGGCCGCGCCAGGCCCGGGGACGAGCUCGCCGCUCGCUCUGGGGCGGCCGCCCGGCCCCCGGCCGCUCGGGGCCGCGGCGGUGCCCGCGCUGCGGCAGCGGGGGCCAUCGGCGACGGGGCCAGCGAAUUGUCUUCACUAAAGAAAUUUGAUGAAAUUAAGAAGGCCAAUCAGGCUGCAGCAAAAAAGCUAGUGGAAGACCAAUUAAGCUCCUCAUCUGAAGAUGAUGAUGAAGAUGCUGAAGCAAAACAAGGGAAGAUUUUGGACAAAACAUUUACCAUUUACACCAGUCAAACUGAUGGAGAUGCGAGUGAGCUGGAACGUACAAGACAGUACAUGAACGAAGCUUUUCAGUCAGGGGCCAUGACAUGUCUCAUCUGCAUUGCUUCAGUUAAAAGGAACCAAGCUGUCUGGAGCUGUUGUGGAUGCUUUUGUAUAUUUCAUCUGGUGUGUAUCCAAAAGUGGGCCAAGGACAGCCUCUUCCUUGUAUCUUCUCCUCUGACAGAUGAUGAUUUUGGGAAGAAAGACUAUCCCUGGCCAUGUCCAAAAUGUAGGUUUGAAUACAAACGCUCUGAAACUCCCAGUAGGUAUUACUGUUACUGUGGAAAAGUGGAGAAUCCAGCAGUGGACCCAUGGCUGGUACCUCACUCCUGUGGUCAAAUAUGUGAGAGGGAAUUCAAGCCCUCCUGUGGUCAUAAAUGUUUGCUGCUUUGUCAUCCAGGACCGUGUCCACCUUGCCCCAAGAUGGUCACAACAACCUGUCACUGUAAGAAAGCCAAAGCAGUGCCCCGACGGUGCAGUGCCAAGGAGUGGUCUUGCCGCCUGCCGUGUGGACGAACAUUGCUAUGUGGACAGCAUGUUUGUGAGAAUCCCUGUCAUGCAGGAGAUUGUCAGCCUUGUCCACGUGUCAGUAAACAACGGUGUAUCUGUGGGAGACAGACUGCGGAGAGACUUUGUGCAAGCCCUCAGUGGCAGUGUGAUCAGGUGUGUGGGAAGUGUUUGCCAUGUGGCAAUCACACAUGUGAACAAGUUUGUCAUGCUGGUCCCUGUGGAGACUGUCCUCGUUCUGGAAAAAGGUCCUGUCCAUGUGGAAAAACAAAGUUUACAUUGCCUUGUACAGAAGAUGUGCCCACCUGUGGUGAUAGUUGUGACAAAGUUCUGGAAUGUGGCAUCCAUAAAUGUUCACAGCGCUGUCAUCGGGGUCCCUGUGAAAUAUGCAGGCAGGAGGUUGAAAAGCAGUGUCGCUGUGGGAAGCACACCAAGCGCAUGCCGUGCCAUAAGCCAUACCUGUGUGAAACCAAGUGCACUAAAAUCCGGGACUGUCAGAAGCACCAGUGCCGCAGGAAGUGCUGUUCUGGAAACUGUCCACCUUGUGAUCAAGUCUGCGGGAGGACUCUCGGCUGCAGAAAUCACAAAUGCCCUUCAGGCUGCCACAGAGGUAGUUGUAAUCCAUGUCCGGAGACUGUAGAUGUGAAAUGCAGUUGUGGAAAAACUGUCAUUAAAGUGCCCUGUGGCAGAGAGCGCACCAUCAAACCUCCCAAAUGCAAGCAGCUGUGCAGUCGGCCACCCACCUGUCACCAUUCUACCCAGGAGAAACACUAUUGUCACUUUGGGCGGUGCCCUCCGUGUCGCCAGCCCUGCCAGAAAACCUUAACGUGUGGCCAUUUGUGCCCUGCUCCCUGCCACGACGAAGCACUUGUGAAGCAAACCGGCGUACAUCAGUCUGCAGGGCCUUGGGAGCAGUCAUCUGAGCCAGCCUUCAUUCAGACUGCACUGCCGUGCCCUCCCUGUGAGGUUCCUAUACCAGUGGAGUGUCUUGGACAACAUGAGGUUAGUCCGUUGCCAUGUCACUCUGCAAAUCCCUACUCAUGUAAGAGAUUUUGUGGGCGGCUUCUUGAUUGUCAGAAUCAUACCUGUAUGAAAGAAUGUCAUCAUGUUACUAAAUCAAACAGUAGUGCAGAUGGAAAGAAGGCGGGUCCAGAAUGUUCACAGUGUGAAGAGGAGUGCACCAAGCCCCGGCCAGCUGGCUGUCCUCACCGAUGUGUUUUGCCCUGUCAUCCUGGGGAUUGCCCAUCAUGUCUCCAGAUGCUUAAAAUAAAGUGUCACUGCAAACUAUCAGUACUGUAUAUUGAAUGCUUAAAACUAACAUGUGCUGAUGUAAAAGAAAAGGAGCUUCUUAUUUCCUGCAGAAAUCAGUGUCCAAAAGAGUUGCCCUGUGGUCACCGGUGUAAAGAGAUUUGCCAUUCAGGUAGCUGUCCUCUUAAUUGCAGCCAGAAGGUUAAACUCCGAUGUCUGUGUAAGAGACUGAAAAAGGAAGUGCAGUGCAGCAAGAUACAAGAGGGCCAAGUUUCACUGGAAUGUGAUGCAUUAUGCAAGGAAAUGAAGCGGAAAGCAUAUGAGAUAAAAGAAGCAGAAGCCAAAGCUGCUCUUGAAGAGGAGAAGCGAAGACAACAGGCUGAACUGGAAGCUUUUGAAAAUAGAUUAAAAGGGCGAAGAAAGAAUAAGAGAAGAAAGGAUGAGGUAGAAGUUGAACAAUCAUCAUGGCAAAAGUACAAGAACUUCAUUAUGCUGCCAGUGUUCGGAGUUGCUGUUGUGAUGGUUGCAUGGCUUAUGGUCUACAAUGACUGAAAACAACUCAAUAUUUCAUAUACCUCAGUUGGACUUUAGGUAGCUACAAUGUUAGUUUGUGUGUAACAGAACUUAAUAAGCAUAGAUUAUGUAUGUAUACUCUUUGCUAAGAAAAAUGUAGAGGAGAGAAGAAAUGCCACCUUUUAUGUUAUUACAGUCACAGCACAAAACUGAAGUCAGACACUGAAAGUAAUAGUAGAUUCUAGUCUACACUGAAGUGCUGAUAGUUUGACUGGGAUUUGUUAACAUCUCUUCUAUUAUUCUGUUAUUUUUCCUUGUCUCCAUUUCAUAAUAUUAAGAAUAGCUUAUUAUAAAAUGGUUUAUUGAAUAUAUGUUUCCUGUAAAAUCAGCUUAGUUGUUUAUUGAAGGUUAGUGUUCUUAUGCUCAUCUUUGUUGUAUCACACAAUAAUUCUAUGCUUCACGCCAGUGUUAAUUAUGGCAACUAACAGGGAACCUUUGGUCACUUAGGCUUGCUUAUUCUAGGGCCUUGUUCAGAGCUUUGUUCAGGUAAAGGAAAUGUGAACUAUCUUUCAAUUCAGCUGUAUCACAAACAAAACAGUGCCCUCCCCCUUACAAACGGUGGGGUUUGCUUUUUUGUUGUUUAACCCCACCCCUUCCCACCCUUGUUUCCUCAAAAUUGAACUAAUUGAAAAGUUCCUUUAGUGGACAGAUGCAUAUGCUAACAUGGAUGUGAAGAAGUUUCAAGGUACAAGGCUGCAUUCUCACUAUUGCCCCAACUGCCAGCAGCAGAAAAACAAUUUGAAAUUAAACUUAAAAGUAGCAAUUGACUGUUCAUAUGGAUAAAUGGCAGAGUUGGCUAUUUGCACAGGUGUGCAAAAAUAUAAUUAGACAGUAUAUAUACAGUUAUAUGAUGUUCUGAAGCCAGCUGGAUGGUACUUGGUAGUCACAUUUAAACCAUCUAGCUGAACUUCCAAAUGUUUAAAUAUUUUCUUACUGACACUUUUGAAUACCUUGCUUUAGAUUAUCAGUAUUCAUUGGUAGAACUGGAAGGUUUUUAUCUGGCUUCACGAUUAUCAGAGAAGCUAUGUAGUCUCAGUUGAGAGACUGCAAGUUCAUUUCAGAAAUGGGGAGAUCAGAAAACUGAAUUUUUAAACCUCUGCUAGAAACUUUUUGCUGAUACUUGAGUAUUGCAGGUUACUGCAAAGUGAUUACAAGCUCCUACAAAAAAUGGGGUGCAUGGCCAACAGGUAUUAGUAUUAUGCCCUUGUAAUUCAGGCAUAUAAUUUCAUCACAAAUCCUGCAAAAGCAGUGGGACCAUUUGUAUGAGUUAGAAGAAAACAUUGCAGUUUGCUUGAAAAUCCUUUUGGUUGAUUUUUGACUUAAUGGAAAGGGACCCAGUAUUAAUUUAAACAGAUUAUCCUAUUGUAAUUCUGAUUCAGCAGCAAGAAGAUAAGAUAGAAAAGCUGCAAAAAGGCAGAAGCUUUUGAUGACAUAGAUAAAGAAAUCAGGGAUAAAAUUAGUUUCUUUUCAGUUUUUCAUAGAUGUUUGGUGAAUGAGGAGAAAGUUACUUUGUUUUUAAAUUAAAUUUUAGAGAUGCGUAUUACUUAUGUGUCAGACCAUUGGUAUUUGAAGUUGUAGAAUUAAUUGAAACUACACUCACAAAGUUGUGUCUCCAUUGAAUUUCUUAUUUUCUAGUAUAAAAGGUAAACAUUGUUUCAUAUUGUUGCUUUAACUUUUUUCUAUCAUAUUAAUGCCUGGAAGAUAAUUUCAGAUAUAAGUAUGUUUAACCAAAGUGAGGUGAUGCUAUUGUAUUGUGACUGCAAAUGUCAGUAACUCUUCUGUCACUAAGGAAAAAGGAGAGAUAUUUUUGUUCAGAUGAAGUAAAAUGUGAUGCUUUAUCCAAAAGUACAAAAAGAUACCUUUCUGGCUGAAAUAUGGAAAUCAACAUGAAUGAGAACUUUGUGGAAACAGCUUUUAUCUUGCAUGACUAUCACUAAUUUUUUUUAUUUACUGCUAGCUUUAAAAUAAUUACAAUGGAAAGUUUAUCCUUGCUUAUACAGCAAAGAGAAGAAAUCUCUCUCUAGUGAGUUAUACUAAUUAACUGCACUUAUUAGAUGUUUGAAGAAGUCCUUAGUAUUCUUUUCUGCAUAUUUGUGGGAAAUACUGGAGAGGAAAAGGCUUCUCAUUGAUCAUCUUCAUUAAAGAUUGCCACGCUUUUUUUCUAUACAAAUUCAUUCUGUUCAUACAAAGGUAUGUGUGAGUGGGCAUAUUCCCUUUCUUAAAGGAUUUGUAUCUCUUCUGAACCUUGCAUAUGCAAGGCAUACCUAUUUUUGAAAUUUUAUUCAAAAUAGUUCUGUAUGUCUUAUCCAACCAUCUGAGUCAUUUGCACUCUGUUGGUCUGCCUGCUGAACCAGAUAUUUAUUUCUUGGCACAAAAAAAAGUGUGGGGGUUCAAGCAAUCUGCAGUUUAAUUAAUCACUAGGUUUUUGUUUGUUUCUUUAAAAUAUUUUUUUUUAGUUAAUAUUUUGCGGGUUUUUUUGUUGGAGCUGCAUGUUGUCAACAACCUUUGAAGUAAAAGAUAGAGAUAAAAUCACCUUUUAUUCAUUAUUGAAAGAUGGUAAUUUUAGAAAAGAAAUUUUGAACUGAAGAUAGGGUUUGGUAGCAGUUUAUAUGUAAUGUACUAUUACAUAAUGUAAUAAGCAAAUAUUUUAAUGUUAACAGCUUACAAAAAAAUGCAUAUUGAUCAGUAUACAUUAAAACAAAUUAAUCUGACCUGCUGUUGAAGGGAAAUUACAGCGGUAGAAGCCUGAUGAUGACUUAACAUGAGGAAUAUUUAGGUAUGUGUAAAGUGAAAAAUCUUGUGGCUUUUCCUGAUUCUGGGUGCAUUGUGGUGAAAAUGUAUCCUUCCAUUGAGCCAAGGUUCUUAAAACUGUUCAGUAUGUUUGGAAUUGGAAACUCCUAGGGCAAGUUUUUUCCCUGUAACAGUAUCAAUCCAUUGUGUGUGUUAAUUUAAUGUAAAAACCAAGUCAGACAAUAAAUAUAUCAAAAACAACUUGAAAAUUUGUUUGUU